CUUGCCCUUCACCAGCUAUAGUAUAAAGAGCAGGCUUGGAUUGGGCAUUGUUGUUUGCGUGUUCAAGAGUCCACAGGACAUUGAUCCACAGGGCACUGAAUCUCCACACUCUACCAGAAAGUUCUCAGCAACAGAUUGUCCACCAGACCAUCAUCUCCAAACGUCGACUAUCACCAGGAAGCAAGAUGACAUCCAUGGCAAAUCGUCUGGCUCGCCAGAAGGAGAGAGCAAGUGGGAUUGGCUCCAACCAGUGUGCUGUGAAGUUCUCCCAGCAGGACUAUGAGGUUCUGCUCCAACGCUGCCUGGAGAAAGGCAUUCUGUUUGAGGAUGAUCUUUUCCCAGCAGAUCGUAGAUCGCUGGGGUAUAAGGAGUUAGGGCCGUAUUCUCCCGCAGCCAAGGGUGUGGAGUGGAAGAGACCGAGGGAAUUGUGCUCCAACCCCCAGUUCAUCGAUGAUGGAGCCACAAGGACUGACAUUUGCCAAGGCUCUCUGGGUGACUGCUGGCUCCUGGCUGCUAUAGCGUCUCUGACUCUGGACCAGAAUGUCCUCCAUCGUGUUGUCCCUCCAGGGCAGAGUUUCAGUGACGGUUAUGCUGGGAUCUUUCAUUUCCAGUUCUGGCAGUUUGGCGUGUGGGUGGACGUGGUGAUAGACGACCGUCUGCCCACCAGGGAUGGAAAACUACUGUUUGUUCACUCAGCCGAGGGUUCCGAGUUUUGGAGCGCCCUGCUGGAGAAGGCGUAUGCUAAGUUGCAUGGGUGCUAUGAGGCCUUGUCUGGUGGGUCUACCAUUGAGGGCUUUGAGGACUUCACAGGUGGGAUAGCAGAGACAUAUCAGCUGGACAAAGCUCCCCCUCAUCUCUUUAAAAUCAUCCAGAGGGCUCUCGCCCUGGGCUCCCUUCUAGGAUGUUCUAUCGAUACUACCAGUUCCUACGAGACAGAGGCAGUAACAGCUCAAAAACUGGUGAAGGGACACGCAUACUCUGUCACAGGGGCAGAAGAGGUUCAUGUCCGGGGGAACCCAGUUGAGCUCAUCCGCAUCCAUAACCCCUGGGGUCAAGUGGAGUGGAUCGGGGCCUGGAGUGACGGUUCAAGAGAAUGGAGAUAUGUGAGUGAUGAAGAAAAACUAAAGCUGGUUCACGCUGCAGAGGAUGGGGAAUUCUGGAUGUCUUACUUAGACUUUGUGAAGAAUUUCUCCAAACUGGAGAUCUGUAACCUGAGCCCAGACAUGCUGACCAGUGAUGAUGUGGGCCACUGGAACUACUGUCAGAAUGAGGGGAUGUGGAGAGUGGGCUCCACAGCUGGGGGCUGCCUCAACCACCGAGCCACGUUCUGCUCCAACCCCCAGUUCCUGGUGCAUCUGGAGGACGUGGAUGAUGACCCUCUUGAUGGGGAAGACGGCUGCACCCUCCUGGUGGGGCUGAUGCAGAGGAAUGGACGCCGGGAACGCAGACUCGGCUAUGAGCUCAACACCAUCGGCUUUGCCAUCUAUAAGGUUCCUGAUCAGUAUAAAGGUCAGAAUAAUGUCCACCUGGGUCCAGAUGUCCUGUUAAGGCAGAAGUCUGUGGCGAUGAGUAGCAACUUCAUAAAUACACGAGAGGUGUGUGACCGCUUCAGACUUCCACCUGGGGGGUAUGUCAUCAUCCCCUCCACCUUCCAGCCUCACAAGAAAGGCAGCUUCAUCCUGCGCUUGUUUACUGAAAAACACGCUGCUACUGCUCCAAUGGAAGAGGACAUUCAUGUUGAAAUCGAAGAGGCAAAGAUUUCAAAGGAGGAUGUGGACCCCACCUUCAAAUAUCUUUUCAAGAAGAUUGUUGGCAAUGAUUCAGAAUUGUCUGUCAUUAAUCUUGUACCAGUUCUGAACAAAAUUGUCGCACAAAGGUCGGAUGUCAAGACGGAUGGUUUUAGUCUUGAGACAAGCCGUCACAUUGUCAGCCUACUUGAUAAACAUGAAAGUGGCAAGUUGGGACUAAUUGAAUUCCAGGAGCUUUGGAUGAAGCUCCAGAAAUAUCUGGAGAUCUUCAAGAGCUAUGAUUCAGACUGCUCUGGGACCAUGAGUUCACAUGAGAUGAGAGGAGCACUGACCGAAGCAGGCUUCCAUAUCAACAGUGCUGUGCUACAGAUCAUAGUGAGUCGCUAUGCCAACACGGAGUACGCUAUUGACUUUGACUCUUUUGUUGAUUGUCUCAUCCGUCUGGAAAUGCUUUUCAAGAUGUUUAAGACACUGGAUACAGAUUACUCAGGGAAGAUUGAAUUGGAUAUUUUACAGUGGUUGUGCCUGGCACUCAACUAAGCCAAAAAGACCGACUGCUGACUUCUAUGAAAGAGGGAACCAAGAUUUAGAAACUGUUAAUGUGCCAACUAUUUAAUAAAAAGGUUGGUUCCUUUAUUCUACAACUUCCACUGUCAAAUUGUAAAGAUAAAUAGUGGAAUGCUUUUCUAUAGGGAUUUUGUUUCAACUGUAAGUCAAUAAAAUACAUGAGA